AAUGCAUGCAGUCUCCACCUUUUCCAAUGUCACAGUCUUGUGUGAUGUAGACUUAAGUGAGCUACGGCAUUCCUCCCCCAUGGGCACCUCAGCAGCAGAAGAUGUUAAUGUUACUUUUGAAGAUCAGCAGAAAAUCAACAAGUUUGCUAGAAACACCAGUAGAAGUACAGAACUAAAAGAAGAAAUAGACGAUAAGAAGAAACAGCUCCAGAACCUGCAAGAUGCUUGUGAUGACAUCAUGGUGCUUGACAAUGAUUCAUUAUUGAUACCGUAUCAAAUUGGAGAUGUCUUCAUUAGUCACCCCCAAGAUGAAACAGAAGAGAUGUUGGAGGAGGCAAAGAAAAACUUACAGGAAGAAAUUGGAACUUUGGAAGCGCAAGUGGAAUCCAUCCAAAGAGUAUUAUCAGAUCUUAAGGUCCAGCUUUAUGCAAAGUUUGGCAACAAUAUAAAUCUCGAGGCAGACGAUAAUUAAAUAGGAAUAGAAAUAGUAUUGGAUGUUUUUGUAUUAAUUAUUUUUGCUUCAUGGUAAUUUUUUUGAGAAACCCCACUUUUCUUUAAAUUUCAUUUUUAUUUCAUGUAUUUAAUUACAUACAUUCUUAUUUAUAUGUUUAAACAAA